AUGACCAAAUCAUGGACAGUGCUGAUUGUUCUUGCUGUUCUUUUAACAUUACUAGUUUUCAUGCCUUAUCAAACUGAAGCUGGUUACUGUCAUCAACUUUGCUUGAAACGUGUAUGGAAACCAAAUGAUGGCACUAAUGUUAUGGAUAAACACAACAAAGCAUGUGGACAACAAUCUUCACCAUCAUCACAAUCAUCAAUCGAUUUAUAUUUUACAAAAACUAACAAUAUUUCGAAAAAGUUGAUUAAUUCAACUAAACGAAAACUAAUUCUUUCUUUGGCUGAAUGUUGUGCUUUAGAUAGUUUACUGUUUACUUUAGUUCGUGGUGAUGGAUCUAAAGAAUUAGUUGACGUUUUAUUUAAAACUAUUGGUCAAUUAAGUGCAGCUAUUUCAAUUUAUGAUGUAAUUCCUGAUUCAACAACGGUAAAUUGA